UCAGCUGCUGCUUAGCUUGCCGUUUCGUGUCGCGCUUCUUGUCCGCUUUCAAUGUUUUCCGUUUUAUUUUGUUAUUUCUGUGAUGCAAACCGAUUUUUUAACUAAUAUUUAUAUUAUUACGUUAAUGUGAAUGAAACUGUGCAAUAAAUACAGUGGUAUCAGCCCCCGGACAACAGAAAGAAAGAGAUUUUGCCCGGAGUCAUAUAUCAUUGUAAAGGAGCUCUCUUCAAAAGUUGAGCCCCGCACCGCACCGGCUUGCUCGCUGACCGCCGAGCCGCUAAUCUAGCUUUUUCGCGCCCCACCGUCGCCCGCCCAGACCCGCACCGGCCGCCGCCAUGCUCGCGCACCAAGCACCGCUCGCCCUCUACUAAACUCAACCGUCAACAUCGAUUAGAACGCGUGUGAUAAUAAUAAUUUAAUACUCGCCUAAAUAAGCUUGCAACGUCGGUGUCUUUAAUUCUAACUUAAUUGUAAGAUUAAUCAACUAGUAAGUAGGUACCUAACGUGGUAGUCGCGCGUGAAUAGCCGCGGAGCCGCGUUCCGUGCGUGUGUGUAGUAGUGCAGUGAGGGUGCGCGAUCGCAACGCCAGUGGCCGCUACAGCAGAAGCUCUCUCUAGCCGUGUGACCAGCGCAUGCUGAGAGCGCGCGGGCGCGCUCGCCCCCCGCCGCCUAUGCGCCGCACUCGCUCUGCGUAACUGUGCGCGCAUCUACCGCCCCUGAAAUUAAUGGCAACAAUGGCCACCAUGGUGAACAUGAAUAACCUCUUAAACGGCAAGGACUCACGUUGGCUGCAACUCGAAGUGUGCCGCGAAUUCCAACGGAAUAAGUGCUCGCGACCCGACACCGAAUGCAAGUUUGCGCAUCCUCCGGCUACUGUCGAGGUGCAGAAUGGAAGAGUUACGGCCUGCUACGACAGUAUCAAGGGUCGGUGUAACCGCGAGAAGCCACCUUGCAAGUACUUCCAUCCACCGCAGCAUCUGAAAGAUCAGUUGCUUAUCAACGGCCGAAAUCACCUAGCACUCAAGAACGCACUCAUGCAACAGAUGGGCCUGACGCCGGGCCAGGUGCUGCCUGGCCAAGUCCCAGCUGUGGUGAGUCACCCACGCUACGCUCCUUCUGUUCACUACCGAAGCUUCGAGCGAUCGGACCUCGACACCCAUGUGGGUGGCGUGAGCGGUGCAGGCGCAGCCGCGAGCCACCUCGCCGCACUGGACCCGAUCAGUCUGGCCCUGCUCGCCCCGCAGUGUUGGUGUGGUGUGCAGGCGACGUCGCCGUACCUGUCGGGUGUGCCGGGCGUGGGCUCGACAUACGCGCAGUACUACGCGCCGCAGCUGGUGCCGGCCGUGCUGGGCCACGACCCCGCCGCCGCCGCCGCCUCGCCGCUCGGCGUCAUGCAGCAGCCCGUGCUGCAGCAGAAACUGCCGCGCACCGACCGCUUAGAGACGGCCGCCGCAGCCCAGCAGCCGGCAGCGAGUGCGACUUCGGAGCCGGGCAAGAAACGGCCGGCGCCCGCCGAGCUCGAGCCGCCACCGAUGGACAUGAAAAGCGUCGGAUCCUUCUACUACGAUAACUUCGCCUUUCCUGGCGUGGUGCCGUAUAAGCGACCCGCCGCCGACAAAGCGGGCGUGCCCGUGUACCAGCCGGCGACAACCUACCAGCAGCUGAUGCAGCUCCAGCAGCCGUUCGUGCCCGUGUCAUUUACUGGACACCCUCCCGGUGUGCCAAGAUUUUAAUCGACAAGGAUGUACAAGACCUACCUGCAGAUUUGUUCAUAUUCGUGAAGGGUGCGGGCUGCAGGUGGUGGGGUGCCGCGUGGUGGUGUGUCGCGACGCCGCCGCCGGCACGUGCCGCCGCGCCGCCUGCCGCUACUACCACAUCCCCGUGCAGCUGCCGCCCGCGCUGCGCCCCCCCUAACCGGCCCCGCCACCUUCCACCGCCGC